ACAAAACUACUAUUGGACUCAUACUACUACUACAUUUUGGUUACUUACUCCUUGUAGUGUGAUUUAAUUUUCUCUCUCAUCCACUUCCAGCAUAAAUCGAGUACUAAAUACAAAUUGCUACAAAAUAGCUCAUCUUUUACUCAGUCACUCUCGAUGCGAAAAACUCCUGAAAAUUUUAUCACGACUUAAAAAAAUUAGGCUAUCCUCGUACUGGUGGUUUUUUAUUUUUAAGUAAAAGUGUAAAGAAAUUAUUACAUAUUAUCAAAGUGUGUAUUGUUUUCGAAUACAAAUAUUUCUUUCGGGGAGGAUAUCGCGAGUUUUUUCGGGUGGGUGGGUUGUCCGUCAUUACUUUGUCGUCGCCGUCGCCUUUUGUCGUGACGUGGACGACGAGACCAUGACGGAGUAUAAGUUGGUCGUUGUUGGUGCUGGUGGCGUGGGCAAGAGUGCCUUGACAAUUCAGCUUAUCCAAAAUCAUUUUGUAGAUGAAUACGACCCCACGAUCGAGGAUUCGUAUAGAAAACAGGUUGUUAUCGAUGGGGAAACGUGUCUACUAGACAUUCUCGACACCGCCGGUCAGGAGGAGUAUAGUGCCAUGAGAGACCAGUAUAUGAGGACAGGAGAGGGAUUCCUACUAGUAUUUGCCGUCAAUAACUCCAAAUCCUUUGAAGAUAUCAGUAUGUAUAGGGAACAAAUUAAACGGGUUAAGGAUGCUGACGAUGUACCCAUGGUUUUGGUAGGAAACAAAUGUGACCUUCAAACGAGAACGGUCCGGAUGUCAGAAGCAAGAGAUGUAGCAAGACAAUAUGGAAUUCCUUUUGUCGAAACUUCUGCCAAAACAAGGAUGGGCGUAGAUGAGGCUUUUUAUACACUCGUGAGAGAAAUUAGAAAAGACAAGGAAAGGAAAGGGAAAGACAAGAGAAAUAAACCCGGGGGUGGUCGUCCGGGUCGGUGGAAAUGUUCAAUUCUCUAAUCCACCCCAAUUUUAAGCAUAGCUAAUUAUAUUAAUUUAAAUUUAUAACGUGUGGUCAUUACUUUACUUCUUGUCAGCCCGUCAUAAUAAUAAUAUAAUAAUGAAUAAUUUGUGUAGGGUAUUAAAUAGAAGUAGUUGCCUCCCAGAGUCUUCGUAUUUAUCAUGUCCUCCCACCAGACACUACGAGAUAUAAUGAAUUUUAAACAACACAUUUUAAUUAAUUAUAUACACAUCACAAAAAGUAAUAAUUUUUUUUCCUAGGUAGAUGAUAUAUUAUGAACAGAAAUGUAUUGGUUGUGUUUCUUGUAAUGUUUUGUAUUUUUUUCAACACGACAGCCACACCACAAUUCUUAUUACUUACUACAAUCACUACAUAAUUCCACAACACCUUAUCUUCCUCUCCUUUAAAUAUAUAUAUAUAUGUAUAUCUUAUCUUCAUGUUCAGCAUGCAGGAAAGAGCUAGCUAAAAUGUCUUAAAAACUUAAACUCCACUUAAAUUACAUACUCUAAAAAAAUUAAUUCAUGAGCAAAAUGUGUGCCCUUUGUCUCUCCUUCCUUCUCUGACAGUAAAAUGAAAAUGAUGACUACACAACAAGAAGAACGAGUUUAAUAUACUUAGGACGACGAUGACGUACUAAAAGAGUGACUUCCUGAGAAAUACGUAUAAAACAUAAUGUGUCAGAGAACUUUAAAAUUUAAAACCGACUGUUGAAAUUUUAACCAUUUUAUAUUUAACCUUAUAAAAAAUCUCACUGUCCGUAUUGAAAAAAUCUAAAUGUGUCUCUAACUAAAAAUCACUACCAAAUCUAAAACUGCUACUUAAUAUAAACAAAAAUGUCGUUCUUAAGAAGGAAGGAAUGCAUUUUUAAUACGCUGCUUGUAUUAACACAUUUUUUAUAAGAAAGAAAAAAACUUUGAAACAUUAUCUCUAGCUUUUUUCUCCUCCCUUAUAUAAAAUUAGCUUAAAGUCACCUGAUGAACCUUAAAAAGCAUGUGUCUGUUAUUUACAAAAACUCUUAAUUUUGUUAACUCUUAAAAUGCAUACAUAAUCUAAUAUUGUUACAACUGUGAAAACUGAAACAAGAUGCUCUAGCUAUAUACAUAUAUAUGAAUUAAUUAAUUAAAAGUUGAGAAAUGAGAAGGAGCCGCAUCCAUCAUCGAUGAUUGAUAUUUUGAUAUAUUUGCUAUAUAAAAAAUGAGGAGACGAAGAAUUAAGAAAGCAAUUAACUAACUUAUUAUGUAGAAUGUGGUGGAAAGGUGUGUGUGAAAGGUGGUCAAGCUAUUUGAGUUUUGGUUAAUUUUUAAAUAGGCAAUUAAUUAAUAAUCAUUUAAUUUUAUGCGUCAACGUCAAGUCAACUACACGAAGUGAUAGCACACAGUUAAUACUGAAGGGUAUUCAUCUUCAUAUUAUCAUUAAAAUUAGUUCAUUGAUUACACAGAGAGACAUGUUUUUUAAAAUAUUUUCUGCUUAAAUUCCUGAUUCAUACAUACCUAUAUAAACUAAACAUAUUUACUCCGAACCAAAAAAUGCUUCGGUUUAAAUAUUCCUUAUAUUCUUUUUAAACGACUAAAAUAAUUAGUUAACCAAACCACCAGCAAAUGAAGUGAACUUGUUUAAUUAAUUAUUAAAAGGCUAUUUUUAAUUAUUAAUUGUCUUGCGAUGGAAAGAUGAUAUCAGAGCACAAAUUUAUUUAUGACGAGAGUAAAGAAUGAAUGCUAUAAUUAAUUAAUUAUUAGUUAACAAUUUUGUUAACUCAAAAGAAGAAGGAUGCGAUGAGCUGCCCUAUAUAUUAAUUAUUUCAGUUCCAAUUAAAACCAGAUUUAGCAAACAAAGAAUCAAAAUCACCAAAAUGAAACCAAAUCAUAAAUUAAAAAAUGAAAUUUUCAUGAGAAUCGAAAACUUUGGUGAUGGAGAAGAAGAAAAAGCAAAAAUUGUUUCUUGUACUCGUGUCUAAUAAUAAAUUAAAAAUUCAUUCGUGUUUAAUGAAAUGAAAUGCUAGAAGAGUAAAAUUCUAGACGAAUUCAUUCCUCUACUGUAUUGUGUAAAUAGGGUACAAUAUGAAAAAUUAAAAUUCAAGAAAAUAAAUCAAAAAGCAAAAACCGUUAUGAAA